CUUUUAUCUGAAAAUAGAGUAUUUCUACAUUGGGAUAUUGGUAAUUUUACUUAAGAUAAAGAGCUCAGUAACUCAUCCACCCGUGGCGAGAUAAUUCACUUCUGCGUCAGCUGUUGGAAGUAUGCCAAAUCUGGUAUGGCUUAACUGUAUGCAUGCUGUUUGACAUGGGAUUCGGUCCAGUUUGUCUGACAUUAAACCAUCAAAGAGUCAUAGCCUGUCAUAUUUGCAUAACGUACCUCUGUCAUGCCAGACUGAGGACUUUCGUUUAACCCAAAGACUAGAUAGUUUAACCCUACAGUCCCGGAGAUCCCUCCACUGCCAGCUAGGCGGAGCACAGCAUGGAUUUCCCAGCAUCCGACGUCAUUUGUGUCUGACUGGUGUGAGAGCCAAUAGAAAGACUUGUGCUUGUUCGCUGCUGGUCAGAAACGCCAUCUUAAGUAGAAAGAGGGUUUUAAACCGGGAGAAACAGGAAAAAGGCUUUAGAUGAGUUACAUUAUUAUUUUGCCUGUAUUAUGAAUCGUCAUAAUUGCUCUGAGCCAGUAUUAGUCAUGGAUUUUGGUGUUUAUAACACAGAGUAAAGUCAACUUUGUGAGGAAAUCGGCACUGGUUAGCCUCUAGCUAGCUAGGGGGAGGGGUGGGGGUUUUUGAUAUUUUUUCUGCCUGCAGUCGAAGUUGUUUGUUUAUGUUAUUCCACACGGAUAUGUCCUCUUCAAACCCAGAGUUAGCAGAUCCAGAUCUGGGUAUGGGGUCAAGUGGGACCCAAGCAAGUGGCGGGUCCGUUGUAGCGAAAGGGACCAACAAAAGACGAGCUGCUUCAGACUUUGAUGACGAUGAAGGGAGCAAGUUGUUCAGGUGUGAUGAUGAAACAACAGGCUCCAACAAUGACAAAGAGCGCUUUGCGAGGUUUUUGGAUGAAGAUCAGAGUUUUGCAGAUAAGGAAAAACUAGCCAGGGAGAAUCACAGUGAGAUUGAGAGACGGAGGCGGAACAAGAUGACUGCCUACAUCACAGAACUGUCAGACAUGGUGCCGACCUGCAGCGCACUAGCACGGAAACCAGACAAACUAACCAUCCUACGGAUGGCUGUGUCCCAUAUGAAGUCACUGAGAGGAAGUGGCAAUACCAAUGUAGAUGGGUCGUACAAACCUUCCUUUCUAACUGACCAGGAGCUGAAGCACCUCAUUCUGGAGGCAGCCGAUGGCUUCCUGUUCGUGGUGUCAUGUGAGACUGGUCGCAUUGUUUAUGUCUCUGACUCCGUGACACCUGUCCUCAACCACUCACAGUCUGAAUGGCUUGGCUCUUCCCUUUAUGAUCAGCUCCAUCCAGAUGACACAGAAAAACUCAGGGAGCAACUCUCCACUGCAGAGAAUAACAACACAGGGAGGAUGUUGGACUUGAAGACAGGAACUGUGAAGAAGGAAAGCCAACAGUCAUCAGCCAGAAUGAAUAUGGGAGCCCGCCGAUCAUUCAUCUGCAGAAUGAGGUGUGGCUCGUGUCCAGUGGAACCGUUGUCGAUGAACAGACUAAACUUCCUUAGAAAUAGAAACAGGAAUGGUUUGGGUGCAGCCAAAGAAGGGGAGCCCCAGUAUGUGGUGGUACACUGUACAGGAUACAUCAAAUCUUGGCCCCCUGCAGGAGUAUCGCUGACAGAUGACGAAGCAGACAACACUCAGGGGAGUCGCUACUGUCUAGUUGCCAUUGGGAGAUUACAGGUGACAUGUUGCCCAGGUGAAACAGACAUCAACACUAUCAGUGCUCCAGUGGAGUUCAUCUCACGCCAUAACUGCCAGGGUGUUUUCACCUUCAUAGACCACCGCUGCAUGACUGCCAUCGGUUACCAGCCCCAGGAUUUACUGGGGAAGGAUAUUUUUGAGUUUGCCCACCCUGAAGACCAGGGCUUACUGAGGGACAGCUUCCAGCAGGUGAUGAAGUUGAAGGGCCAGGUUUUGUCAGUGAUGUUUCGGUUCCGCUCCAAAUCAAGAGAAUGGCUUUGGAUGAGAACCAGCUCCUUCACCUUCCAGAACCCGUUUUCAGAGGAGAUCGAGUACAUCAUCUGUACCAAUGUCAAUGUCAAUAGAAACACGACUCAGGACCCUCUCACUCCCAUGUCCUCCCCAGGGGGUUCACUGCCCCCCUCACUGGGGCAGAACAGCCCAAGCAACCUUCCUUUAGUGCUCAGUCCAGGGCAGGUGGCCACCAGGCAGUUACAGCAGCAGCAGCAGGCCGAGCUGGAAGGAGGUGGAAACGGAGAUGGUCUAUAUGAGGCAGGACCGAUCACCCUCUCACAGAUGCCAGUGCAGACAGUGACUGCGGCAGGGCCCGACCUCAGUAAGAACCUGGAGAAGCCAGAACUCUACCCCUCCCUUUUCCAAGGUCCAGAUCAGACCAAAGGCAUGCCCUCCACCUCCACACCUCCCUCUACACAGAUCUACCCUCCACCCACCAACUUCACUGCUGGUCGUUCCAGUGAUGCAUACAGGCCAGUCAGCAUGCCUCCACAGAUGGCACAGCCAGCCAACUCAGCAGGGCAAAUACUGGCUCAGAUGUCCCGUCAGAAUGGAGCCCCUCAGUCUGUUACCCCCUCCAGCACUGGCAGCUCCCUUCAUGGGGGACCAGCAGGAGGAUGGCCUGGAGCAGGAGCUGGAGCUGGAGCCAGACCACAGUUUAAUAACCAGGUGCCUCCCCACGCAGCAAAGACCAUGUCUCCACCAUUUACUUCCAUGGGAGGAUUUGGAGGGAGCUCUUCCAACUCUUUUGGCCAGAUGCCAACCGGUGCUGCUCCCGCCCCCACCAGCAGUGCAAAUUACUCACAGAUUAAUGCUCGUGCCAACCUUAACACCAAUGGCUACGAUGGCUCUCGUUCUGGGGUGCAGUUCCUCCCUCGAGCAGCGGAGGCAGCGUGGCCCCAGUGGCAAGGCCAGCAACACUCGCAGAGUAAUGUAGAGCAGCAUCCUCAUGCUCAGGGCAACCAGCAAGACAUGUUCCCUGAUGUGUUGUCCAUGCUGGACCAGCCUGCCAGCUUCAACAGUGAUGACUUUGAGAUUCCUAUGUACCCUUCGUUUAACGAGUGACCUGGUCAAUAAUUCUUCGCUGAUCUACCCCUUUGUCUUCUCAACUGUUUCUGCCGUCACUCUUCCAUAUAUUUAGCUCUUCUGCUCCUGAGAGUAGCACUCUACCCUUGCUUUGCAUGGCUUAGAUUGCACAGCCACAAGCCAGUUAAAGACGGAGGUAUACAUUUCAGUGUUUCAUUUUUUAAAAUUAAAUAUGGUCAUGCUGUUGUGCUGUCCAUCUGACCUGUCCCUUCUGC